UUUUCAUCUUUAUCGUCUCUCUUGGAGCCCUAUGCUCUAGAACCCCGCAACGAAAAUGGCGGCAAAUACUUCGUUGCUCUUCUUCUUCUUCGCUUCGCUAUUGUCUUUCAACGUUUCAACUACUUUUUCUCGCGACUUACCAGAAUCCAAACCCAAUACAGUAGCCCUCGACGUCUCAUCUUCACUCGAGCUCGCACAAGCCGUCCUCUCCUUUGACCCCCAAACCCAAAAACCCUUUGACGAACAGUUAGCCUCAUCACUCCCACCUGCAAAUUUCACCUCUUCCUUCUCGCUCCACCUCCACCCGCGCGACUCGCUCCUCAGCUCCAACCAUCGUGAAUACAGGAGCCUCGUCCUCUCUCGACUCGCCCGCGACUCAGACCGAGUCAAUUCGCUCAACGCCAAGCUUGAGCUGGCACUCGGUAACGUCCGGAAAUCCGAUCUACGACCCGUCGAGAUUGAGGUUCAAGCCGAGGACCUCUCUGCGCCCGUAAUCUCCGGCGUAAGCCAGGGAAGCGGCGAGUACUUCACUCGGAUCGGAGUCGGGACUCCGGCUAAGCAGUACUACAUGGCAAUCGACACCGGUAGUGACGUCAACUGGUUGCAGUGCGAGCCUUGCUCCGACUGCUACCAACAAACCGACCCGAUUUUUCAACCCGGAUCCUCAUCCUCCUACAGCGCUCUCACCUGCGAGUCGAGCCAAUGCACGGCCCUCUCCACCAACGCAUGCCGAAACAGCAAGUGCCUAUACCAGGUCAAUUACGGCGAUGGGUCCUACACCGUCGGCGAUUUUGUCACGGAAACGGUGUCGCUUGGUAACUCGGGGUCCAUCAACGGCUUUGCCUUGGGCUGCGGCCACAGCAACGCAGGCUUAUUCAUCGCCGCCGCCGGUCUUAUCGGGCUAGGCGGCGGCCCACUCUCACUCACCUCGCAGACCAAAUCGUCGUCGUUUUCUUACUGCCUCGUAAAUCGUGACUCAGACACGUCCUCCACCCUCGACUUUAACUCGGCCCCUCCCAGCGACUCCAUCACCGCUCCAUUGGUCCGAAACGGGAAAACGGCGACGUUUUACUAUAUCCAGGUCGUCGGAAUGAGCGUCGGAGGCGAGACGAUUUCGGUAUCGCCAGACCUUUUCCAGGUCGACGAGUCAGGUAACGGCGGGAUCAUCGUCGACUCGGGGACCGCUGUGACUCGGCUUCGGGCGCCGAUCUACGAGUCACUCCGCGACGCGUUCAAGAAGAUGACUCCGAGUCUGCGGCCGACGAGUGGCGUGGCACUGUUCGACACGUGCUACGACUUCUCGUCGCUAUCGAGUGUACAAGUCCCAACGGUGUCGUUUUUGUUCGCGGGAGGGAAAUCAUUGGCGUUGCCAGCUCACAACUAUCUCGUCCCCGUCGACUCGUCCGGAACGUUCUGUUUCGCUUUCGCUCCAACGACGUCGUCUUUGUCCAUUAUUGGGAAUAUUCAGCAACAGGGGACACGUGUCAGCUACGACUUAGCUAACUCCCGUGUUGGAUUCUCGCCUGGUAAGUGUUAAGAUUUUUUAAAAAAAAAAUAUUUGUCCUAAACUUAAUUGUGAGUAUCCUAUUAGUGUUAUAAAAAUUAUGUUAUUUAUCUAUUUAUAGCUUAAUCCUGAUAAAAAAAGAAAAGGGUAAUCUGGAUUUAUAAAAAUAUGGUUUAUUUUGUAAUUGUAAAAACAAAUCUAAAAAAUAGGACCAGUUAGUGAGUGAGUGAGUGAGUAGAUAGGAGUUGGGCCCAGCUCCAUAAAAUCUAUUAAAGAAUAUAGGCCGGUGAUGUAUUCAUAUUCAUAAAUGUGUGGCAUUAUUAUUAGUUAUGUAAUGUUAAUUUGGGACAUUUAUUAUUAUAA